CCAAAAUCAAAAUCUCCGAAAAGCAAAGGAGAAGUUGGGACUUGGGAGGGAGGCGCUAUCUAUUAAGCCAAAAUUAAUCUUUGCCGGUGAAUCGGCGGUGGUCACGAGAAUUGGUGGCGGAUGGAUUUUCAUUAAUGGGUUCUCAUUAAAUGAAAUAAUACUUGGAUCAGAUCAACCACUCUUCCUCCAUCCUAUUUACGUAGUAUUUAUUUACAAGAGACAACGAAGCAGAAGCAUUACAGCUGGUGACGUUUUUUGCGACGGCCAUGGCAGAGAGUAAAAGAACCGUUCUUGUUACCGGAGCCGGUGGAAGAACCGGACAAAUUGUGUAUAAGAAGCUGAGGGAGAGUUCAGAGGAGUAUAUAGCAAGAGGGUUGGUGAGAAAUGAGGAGAGCAAGGGAAGUAUUGGGGGUGGGGAUGAUGUUUACAUUGGUGAUAUAAGGAACCCCGAGAGUCUAGUUGCUGCUAUUCAGGGUGUAGAUGCUCUUAUCAUUCUUACAAGUGCUGUCCCAAAGAUGAAACCGGGUUUUGAUAUUACUAAAGGCGAAAAGCCGGAGUUCUACUUUGAAGUGGGGUCAUAUCCCGAACAAGUGGAUUGGAUUGGGCAGAAGAAUCAAAUAGAUGCAGCUAAGGCUGCUGGAGUGAAGCAUGUUGUGCUCGUUGGGUCAAUGGGAGGAACCAAUCCUAACCACCCAUUGAACAGCUUAGGGAAUGGGAACAUAUUGGUAUGGAAGAGGAAGUCUGAACAAUAUUUAGCCGACUCUGGAAUCCCAUAUACCAUUAUUAGAGCUGGGGGCUUGCAAGACAGAGAAGGAGGUGUGCGGGAGCUGCUUGUUGGCAAGGAUGAUGAGCUUCUUCAGACAGAUAACCGAACUGUUACUAGGGCCGAUGUUGCUGAAGUCUGCAUUCAGGUGCUGCAGUUUGAGGAACUGAAAUUCAAGGCAUUUGAUUUGGGGUCUAAACCCGAGGGCAAGGGAACACCAACAAAGGAUUUCAAGGCCCUUUUUGCACAAAUCAAUGCCCGUUUCUGAUUUUCUGUCAAUUUAUCCACAAAUGGCAUGUUAGAAAUGUACUGAACUCAAUUUGAAAAGGAUAGCACUGGGACUGUUGUGCUGAACAAUUCUCAAUACCAUCAAACAAUUGUCAUCAUUAUCAUUAUAAUAAUAUACAUGUGUUCGUUUUACCGGUAACGUUACUGGUUUUUGAGUCAUUUUCAUGCAUAUGAGUUAAGUUGGGAUUUGUUCAAAGGUAGAUUUCUUUCUUUGCCGGAAAUCGGUCGUUGACUCGUUGAGAAAGGAGUUCUGGCCUCCAACUCUCCACCAUGUAAGAUUUGAUGCAUCAUGUUUAUAAAUAUGAAUGUCUUCUAAGAAAUGUCACUAGUUUAAGUUUUCAUGAAGAAUCUGCAAUGGGAUAUAAAUAAAACACAGCCAUUUGGGAUGUGGUCUCUUGUUAAUGGUAACUUAAUAUUAGGGAUCGAUAUUGUUGGCUCAA